AAUUUAUUAUUGUUUCAGAAAUGGCUGUUCACGUGACAGAGAAGACCAUAAAAAUCUACAGAAAAGUUACUUGACGGACGCAGUUCUGACUGUGACCCGGACAGUCCAUAAAUCUUCAAUCAGUAUUCUCUAUUUCCAAAAAUAAAAUUGUUUCAUACUAGUCGAAAAUGUACCUUACUCUUGCCUUUUUAUUACCAGUAGCAGAUAGUAGUAGAUAAUAUUAAUUAAUUAAUUGAAAUCAAGUUGUGUGUUCGAUAACAAACGAAGUAUAAAGAAUAAGAAAAAAGAUAUGACGAACGCUGAAUUAAUAAGUGGACAUGUACCGGACGAUCUUGGCCGUGAUAGUGACCGUGCAUCCGGUGAUGGUGCCGGUCAACUAGACAAACUAUUGAACAAUGGAUCAGUUCCGAUGGUUUUGCCGGUGCCUUCCAUAGACGGGCGCAGGCGCUCCAGUUCUAGCCUCCUAGAAUCCAUUCAUAAAGGCAUCCGGAUGUCCAUCGCCGGAUCUAAAGGAGACUCCAACAAUGGACACGUCUUCAGUAGAUAUCGUCAGUCGAGGUUCAACGCUAGAAGAAUACGAAAGAGGGUAGUAUUCAAGCAUGGAGAUUGUAACGUUGUUCAAGGUAAUGUUGCCAAGAGAAGAAGAAGGUACCUCCAAGACAUUUUUACAACCCUGGUCGACGCUCAGUGGAGGUGGACCCUCAUGGUCUUCUCCAUGAGUUUCCUCCUCUCUUGGCUCAUGUUCGCCGUCGUGUGGUGGUUCGUCAUGUUAAGUCAUGGAGAUUUUGCACAAGGCCAUCCAGAAACGAAUCCUAACUCAACAUGGGCGCCUUGCGUGACAAACAUCAACGGUUUCACGUCGUGUUUCCUCUUCAGUGUCGAAACGCAGCACACAAUAGGUUUCGGUGGACGUCUGAUAACUGAAGAAUGUCCCGAAGCCAUCUUCAUCAUGUGCUUGCAAAGCAUCACGGGAGUCAUGAUUCAGGCGUUCAUGGUGGGCGUUGUUUUCGCGAAGAUCUCGAGGCCGCAGAAGAGAACGCAAACUUUGCUGUUUUCACGCAAUGCGGUCAUAUGUCAUCGUGAUGGCAUCCCAUGCCUUAUGUUCCGAGUGGGCGAUAUGAGGAAGAGUCACAUCAUCGAGGCCCACAUCAGAGCACAAUUGAUACACCACAAAAUCACCAAAGAGGGCGAAAAUCUUCCUUUCUUUCAAACCGAAUUAAAGGUUGGCUGUGAUGGCGAAGAAGAUAAAAUUUUCUUCAUUUGGCCCACUACUAUAGUUCAUAGAAUAGAUAGAAGUUCACCCCUGUACAACAUGUCUGCUACAGAUCUUUUAAGGGAACGAUUCGAAAUUGUUGUUAUUUUAGAGGGUGUUAUUGAAUCGACCGGUAUGACCACGCAAGCGAGGUCAAGCUACUUGCCAUCAGAAAUCUUAUGGGGUCAUCGAUUUCAGACCUUGGUCACUUUUAAAAAGUUGACUGGCGAAUAUGAGGUGGAUUAUGCACUUUUUAAUAAUACGGUGGAGGUGGAUACACCCCUCUGUAGCGCCAAACAAUUGGAAGAGCAUAGGGCCAUGUUCAACCACGAGGCUACGUCAGGUAAGAAUCAGUUAUUUUAUUCAAACAUCUCAUAAUGGCUUCUUUUGAACAACAAUCAUGUCAUAUUCACAAUUUUGAUCAUCAUAAGAUCGUCAGUCCUAAGACUGGUUGGAUACGCACAUCCACUCUUUCCUAUCC